AUGGUGGCUUCUCAGAGGAAAUAUAUAUGCUCGUACUGCGCUAAGGCGUUCUCUCGGUCAGAACAUAGAACAAGGCAUGAGAGAUCGCACACAGGGUACAAGCCGUUCCAAUGUAAGAUUUGCCAACACUGUUUUGUGAGGAGAGAUCUCGUGCAGCGACACAUCAAGACCGUUCACAGGCUGCUGAUCCUGUCGAAUAAGACUGAAAUUUUGCACCAGCCAAUAGACCAGAUCAACUGGCCGAACUUGCUGCUCAGUAGUUCUACCAAUUAUGACGGGAACACUCAGGGGGGCAUUCCACUGAUGAAAUCAGAUGAUGAUGAAGACGUCCUGGAUAAACUGGCCAAGAAGAUAAUUAACGUUAACACUACUCCAAAGGAUGCAGGUACAGCAGCAGAUACGGUACCGCAACCAUCAGCAUCGGUGCCCACCUCGGCGUCCUCCUCGGUCAGGGAAUCACUAGAACCGUCAAAUUUCACUACAACGGAUUCGGAACAAAGUCUGGGGACUGUAGAGAGGAGGAAAAGUUUCAAACUACCUAUAUGUAACGUCAAUGAUGUUGUGAUAAAUGAAAACUUGACGAAAUCAAUAAUCAAUCAGUUCCCACAGGUGAUGAAACAUAGAAGUAAAGACCUGAUCAAGUUUUUCAAUUUCGGCUGGAAGUUCCUAAUCAACGAUACAAAACUGUUUGCAGACACUUUCCAUACACUGUUCCUAAAGGACCUCACUGGAUCACCCGGUGAUGAUGUAAUACUAUUCCACAAAAUUUGGGACGUCAACAACGAACAGGAAUUCCCGUUUCUGGCGAUGUCCAUAACGUACUUGGGUUACCACCUCAUUGAAAAUACAACCUCCAGGUUUGACGAACAGUUUUGGUCCUUCUGUUGGAACGAGUGUAUUACGACACACCCUGUUCCUUCAGCUGGGAAUAACGCACCACAAUACAACUUCCUCUCAAUGACACUGCUGCUGUAUGUCAUCCUGGAUUUAUCGUACACUUCGUUGGCAAAUAGCGUCUUCAGUAUUUACCAGCGUAACUUGCUCCAAGAAUUGAACACUUUCCAAUUACAGGAUCUCAACGGCUACUUCAAUAUUUGGACGUACUUGGUGCAUCUCACAGACGAAUUUGAUACAGUGUCGUCCUCCAUCUACAACAUGUUCUUGGAACAAUAUUUCCAUUUGAGCGAAAACGAUUCAUCAUCUUUGAAGGAUAUCAUACAGAAGUAUUCGGACCUGCUAAUAAACGGACCCUUAUCUUCAAAAGCGUUCAAUCUUCUACCAUCGUUACUCUUCAUAGAGGCCAACAACAACUACAAGAUGACAGCACAGAAGAAGUUUUCCCUGGGGAACUUCAAGUCUAUGGAGGACCUCCACAAUAUAAUAAUCAGGCUCAACAAGUGGUACGCGGACAGAAACUCCCCAUCUGCCAACGUAAACAGCGCAGACCUGAUGCUCAGGGACUCACCACUAAUCAUUAUUCCAAACGCAACCCAGGAUAAUUGGAAAAGAAAUUUUUUCAUUUCAAUGGCGCCGACCAAAUUUAAGCAGAUACUGAACGACUACACAAUAAUCCCUAGUACAAUCAACCACUGGCUGCUCCUUGAGUCCACCUGGUUUGAAUUCAUUAGGAAUUUGUCCAACUCAGACUACUUGUUCAAAAAAACCUGGUUUCUGGAUAACACUGCCCAUCACGGUCUGUUUUUGGACAGCAACAUGAUCAACAACAAUCUGAGCAUUUGCUCCCUGCCGAUCAUUCUACUUCUCCUCACACCUCAAAAUAAUAUCACAACGACACAAUGGGACAUCGAUGUUAGAUUACAACGGUUCUUACCGCUAAUCGUGGAUGUCAUGGUCCUCCAAUACAAACUUUUCAGCAGCGAGUUGAAUAUCACCACGAACAACACGGCAAUGAGAAUCCAGGGGUUUUUAACGAACCCAAUCAUUCAGAUCUUGUUUUAUGUCUGGUACAUUAUCAUAUACAAGAUGGACGGCACCACCUCGGCAAUUUAUAGCCAAUUGGAGAUCGACACUGUAAACAACUUCAUGAACACAUACAUCCUAAAUUCAGAAAAGAAAGUGGAUACGGACAAACUGAUAGAACGCGAUUUGAACUCGUUUUUGUUUGAUCCAAAGUCCGAUUGUUACAUCGGGUACAGAUACCUACUUUCAAGGGUGACAAAUUUCAUUCAGGAUGGCAUCUUACGGAACAAAAUUGUGGCGAGCGGACACUUGAGCUAUCAAAUGACUUGCCAGACUCUGGAUUUCAUGAAAAGGGUUGAGUUUUCUCAACAAGAGCACGAUUUGUGGGAGAGAACGGUAUCUAUAUCGGGGCCAACUAUAUCCCCCUUCGGAUCGACUCUGGACAGGACUAUGAGAAGAAGCUCGAGCACAGCAACGAGUAACUCGCGACCAUCACUUACUCUGGCCACUUCACCCAUGUCUCUAUCUCCUUAUUCCACGAGAAGGAAAGGUUCCAUCAUAUCAGUCACGGAGGACGGGAAAGCGUUCUUGCUCCCACCUCUUAAUUUCGACGCUGCUGAUUCUGAAAGUGGGAAAAUCAACAAUGGCUUGAAUAGUGGUAUGGCGAAUACUACAUCUUCCACUGGAACCUCAGGGACAUUUUCUAUACCGAACGCACCUGCCACCUCUUUGAAUAACAAUACUGGUAAUGCUUUUGCGGGGAAUGGCCCUUUCGGGAAAUUGGAUGCGUACUCAUUCCGGGAAGCUCUUAAUAAAAUAGACAAGAGGCGCAGAGCGUCUGUACCCAUCCUACAUACGGCGACUGCCGGUUCUUCAAUUGGGACACGAUUGGGUGGCUCUCACAACGAAACUGACAUUCAUAGAAAGAUUCCAGCUAAUUUGGGUUCCGAUAUGAGUACGACACCUAAGCGAGGCAUCCACCGUCCUUCUAUCCCUGGCGCAUCUGUCGCACCUACAACUAUAACGGAAAUGGCCAAUGCUAAUGACCUGAAUGAAAAGCCCACCGAAAACGCACUACAUUUACCGUCACCAUCGCAGCUAUUCGGGAUAUAA